AAUAAAAAUUUGUUCUGCAACUGUGUUUCUGCACAGUGUGUAUAAGUUGUCGUACCGGAGUGUAUAAACCAGAGUGUGUACACUACGUGACUGUCUAUCUCACAACCAUGGCGUUGACACCAACUUUAUCCUCUCGUCUCCGUUAUCCACUUGUGCUGUGUGUUCGUAGUAUGAGCACAGGUGAUGCUGGCUCAGGUGUUGGGGCAGGUGGUGGCACUGGAGGCACAAUCAGAGAUGCUGGGGGUGCCUUUGGCAAGAGGGAGGUGGCCCUUGAAGAACAAUUCUUCCGUAAAUUGGAACACCAGCAGCUAGAAAAGAUGAGAGCUGGACUAGAAGAGGAGGUGCAGUUCCAUAAUGAACAAGUUGAUGCCCACAAAGAUGCCAUAAAACGGCAUUAUCGGAUACUUGAUGACCUGAAAAUGAACAUCAGGAAUAUUGAAGCACGAGACAAAAUGUUCAAAGAUAAUUAAUAAGGUUGUAACACAGGAUAUAACUUUGAAUCCAAUAUCUUUAGUGUAUACAGAAAUCAUAAUUUUGAUUUCAAACUUUAAUGUGUAUUUUGCUGAUGUGUUUUAAAGUUUGCAAAAUAUGCAUACAUGUAGGUUGCCCUUCCCUUCUCCCAUCCAUUUUUUCCAAAAGUGUGUGUGUACAUACAACAAGGUAAUCAUACAUUUUUUUUAACACACCAACUGUAUCCCACUGAGGCAGGGUGACCUGAAAAGAAAAAUUAAAGUUUUUCUUUUCAAAUUUAGUAAUUCAUACAGGAAAAGGGGUUACUAGCCCCUUGCUCCCAGCAUUUUAGCUGCCUCUUAUCACACGCAUGGUUUACAAAGGAAAAAUUCUUUUCCCAUUCCAUGAGAGAAUAUAAAACAAGUUUUGAAAGUAAAUAAUUUUGUACAUGUUCAGCCUCACACACUGAGUGUCUGUGGUUCAAUCCCCAGCUAGGGUAGAAACAUUAGGCAUGUUUUCCUAUACCUGCUGUCCUGUUCACCUAGCAAGCAAGUAGGUACCUGGGUCUUAGUCAUCUGGUGUGGUUUGCAUCCGAGGGACAAGAUUUAAUGAGCCCAAUAGAAAUAAGACAGACUGUCCUUGAUGACACACUUAUUUUCUUGGGUUAUCUGGGUGGCUAACCCUCCGGGGUUAAAAAUCUGAACAGAAUCUUAUCUUAAAUAUAUAGUCUGAUAGUACUUACUGUAUAUACUGCAGUACUGUACCUACUGUGCCCUCUUCUACCAGACUACCUACCUACAAUACUUCAUCACUCAAUAUUUGUCCUAAAACCAACUACAUAUUACCUUCAAAGGUGAAAAUAACUUCAUGGUAAGUCAAAAGUUUCCAUACAUAGGCCACAUAGUCACUGUAAUAUGCAAUCAUGUGUGGCUUAUGUAUGUAUACUUGACUAAUCCUAUUUGAGUUUAAUACAGUAUGGAGGAUAAUCUAGAACCUCCUGGGCAAACCUGAUAAUGAGUAAAAACAUAACUUUUAGUAAAACAUUAAAAAAGUAGGACCGAGGAUAGCUUGUUGUAGGGUGCCUAGUUCCAAGAUAAGAUAAGAUAAGAUUUCGUUCGGAUUUUUAACCCCAGAGGGUUAGCCACCCAGGAUAACCCAAGAAAGUCAGUGCGUCAUCGAGGACUGUCUGACUUAUUUCCAUUGGGGUCCUUAAUCUUGUCCCCCAGGAUGCGACCCACACCAGUCGACUAACACCCAGGUACCUAUUUGCUGCUAGGUGAACAGGACAACAGGUGUAAGGAAACGUGUCGAAAUGUUUCCACCCGCCGGGAAUCGAACCCGGGCCCUCCGUGUGUGAAGCGGGAGCUUUAGCCACCAGGCCACCGGGCCACCAAAUGUUUCAGAUACAGCACAUAUGAAUUGUUGGACAGUUAACCUUCCCAGCAGAGAAGCCAUCUAUUCUGGUAAACUUACCUAGGAUGAUAUGUUGGUUGUCAAUGUGAAGGGCAGCCUCAAAAAUCAAGGAGUUGGUGUAGGUGUGGGAAGGUGUAUGCAAGGGCAAGAGGGUAUUGACAAAAUAGUGCAUAAAGCUGUGUGACUGGGAAAGUACAGAAGGGUUUUGUCUUUAUGAAGGAGACAGUUCAGGAUCACCCUCUCAAAGUGUUUUGCUGGAAACUGGAAUAAAAAUAGGGCAAAAUAGCAUUUUGUUAAUAUGAUUUAGGAAUGUAAAUCAUGAGUUUUGGAGCUCUUUGGUUACACAGCUCAGCUGUACAACUCAGGUAGUGGAUUUUUUGCUACUGGUUGGAGUGCUGUAUAUCAUUUGUAGUUGUGUUCUCUCAGGAUAAAUGGGCUUAAUUUUAGUAUAAAAUUUAUUUAAAAUUCAGCAAAUAAUACAAUGUAUUCAUCUACUCUGCAGUUCGUGAAGCCAACAAGUUUGUGUAUUUUGUGUUUUGAAUUUAAUUUAGACUGUGUGUGAAGGAGGUUAUUGGAUGUACAAGUAUAAUGUCAACAAGUAUGGGUAAGAAAAUGAAAUAUGCUGAGUGAAAUGUUGUUCCAGUAGUAUCUUGUUCUGUAUAUUGUCUUCAUACCUAAGAAGUUUAUUAUUUAAGCACUGACCAUCUCACUUGAUGUAGGUGAGAGUACAAGACCCUUCCAGUUUUGUAUCUCUUGUUUCUAUUGAUCCUACAGUAUAUCCCUCCAUUCCCAUUGAGAGCAGGGUGUGGCAAAUGAGACCAUUAACAAGAUUCUUUGUGAUUGCCUAAGUUCUGCCAUAAACUUUCUGGUUGUGGGGAAGGGCAGGCUAAAAGAAUUUAAGCUUAUAGGCAUACAGUUUUUCUGUAUGCAAAGCCUAGUUUCCAUUAUAUACUCAUUGGAUAAGGCUUAGUUCUGUAGCAUAGUGAUGAGGUUGAAAGUGUUGGUUGAGAACACAGGGUUCUUGAUUUAGUUUCCUUGUCUGAGUAUUUCUUGAUGAUCUGGCCAGACAAGAUUCUUGACAAUUUUGGCUUAAGCUUAAGAGGUUUCUGACAGUAGUAUAUAGUUGUUGUGCGAGUACUUGGUGGAUGGUGCUUUCAUAAAGCAUUAUACUAUUAUAGUAGUCUUAUUUACAACCACUAAUUUUGUGAUUGAAUCCAUUACUCUUAUGAACAGCUUAUAACAGUACUACUAAAUUGCUUAGCUAACAGGAUAUUGGGAUCCAGUUCCUGGACCCAUUAUGUGCUUCUGCAGUUUUAUGUUAUCACCCACAGGAUUUCAGGAGUUGUAUGAGGCAGAUAAUAAAGCUGUCAUAUACUAGCUUGUAAAGUAGGGAAGGCCAGAGGGAGAAGUGAUGAAAUCUCUCAUUAUCAAUACAGGGCUAUGUUUUUGCUAAUGACUACAGUACUAACUUUACACACCCUUACCUCUCACUCAUUCUUAACCUCCACACGUCUCUCCCUGCAGUGUUUUGUGGCUCUUAUGGGUUUAGCACUUAAUUUGAUAAUAAUAAUAAUGAUACAGUAUUAAGAACACCCACUUACAAACAAGAUGUGCUUCUGAAAAUAGUAAUUUGAGUCUUUGGUCCCUGGAAUUUAUUAUCCUACACACACCCAAGUUAUAAUCAGAGAUGUUUAUUUUUUAACAAUACUCUGAUGAGCCCCUCCCAUCCUCUUCCCUUUCUUCUCUCUUCUUCCCUUUCUAUCUGUCCUAUUUUCCAUUUGGUAUAAGCUGAGCUGCAGCACAUCAACUGCCCAAGUGGUUUUCAGGCUAGUGUAAUUGUUUAAUUUACAGUUCUUUACAAACUCUACUAAACAAAUUUGAGCCCAUCAUACAUCCAAAAAAUGAGCAAACACAAAACAUUUAAUGAAAAACAAAAAAAAAUUAUUUAUUGAAAAUAUUCUCUGUUGAAAUGUUUGCAAUAUUCAUAUCUUAAAAUCAGAGUUUGCAAAAAAUUAAUUGAUUCCAGGCACCCUGUUCACAAGCAUGGGUGUCUGCAACUCUUGAGUUUUGUUGUAGCACUAUCCCAUCACCAGUUUGUAUUGCAUGUUUUGGUGUUACUGUUGUAGAUGCUAUUAAUGUACUACUGGACCCACUAUUCUGUCCUCAAUAGGAGUUGGGUUGGAGCUAGUCAUUCUUGACAGGUUGGGGUAUAAUCAGAUUCAAGGACUGCAGAGUGAAAGGAGAGUGCUCGUCAUCCUGGAAUUAGUGACUUGGCUCAUGUUGACUAAUGAGGUGGUACUGUAUCAACAGAAUUAACAGUAGGAGUGAAAGUUGGAGAAAUGAUGAAGGGGGAUCAGGAUCACUGAAUGUAUUUCAAUUGCUGUUUCUGUUCUCCCAUCAUCAGAUUAUUAUUAUUAUUACAAUCAAGGGGAAGCGCUAAACCCGGAGGAUUAUACAGCGCCUGGGGGGGGGGAUGUGGAAGGCAUUCAGGCUUAAUUUGGGGAACUGGAGCACAGAUCCAAUUCCCUAAAUCAAGAGCCCCUCACCAACAUCAAGGAACCUUCCUUGAGGGGUCCCAUCAUCAGAAAUUGGAAAAGAAUCAGCUGGCAGACUCCUGUUAGAAUGAUCAGCAGUGUUAUGGGUAGUAUACUGUUAAACUUGCUGUUCUUUAACCUCCUGGUAUUACUAAUCCAAUUUACAUAUCCAGCAGGACAUCAACCAUCAACUGUAAAACAGUUAUUUGAGUUGCAAGACUCCAUUGAAAUUAAAACUAAAACUGAACCUUUAUUGAUGAAGUUUUAAUUUUGAUAUCUGUAUACUCCAUCCUAAGUAUUUAUUGGACAAGAGCAUCAUUAUGUGAAACUAUUAGUUGCCAACUUUCUGCAGCUUAAGUUCCUUAUUAGGGUUUACAAAUAAACUUCCUUAAACUUUGCUGUUAACUUGCUGCUGAUUGGAAAAUCAUUUCCAAUUGUUGUGGGAGAGGAAGGGUGUGCUGGAGCCUGUAUUAUUUCUUGCAUGUAGUCUUUUGGAGUCCACUCAUUCUUAAGAGUAGUUGUAUUUUAUGGUGAAAAAAGUUCUUUACCACCUCUAAGGGUGGGCUGGAUAAAUGCAUCAAUGAAAAAGGCUAGCAUGGAUCAAUAGACAUACUGCUGGUUUUUUGUUCUUUUUGGACUUGUUGGAGGCUCUAGUUAGGAUCUAAAACCAACACAAGUCAUUGAGAUUAUUUUCCUCAUUUCUGUGACUGUAUAAAAUUGCACUACCCUCAGUUGGGGUGUUUCUACUCUCUUGUUAGUCUAUGGUGGUAAUCCUUCCAAUGAUUAUAUGAUCCCUAGUGGCAAGGCCUGCAAAUUUCUGCAAGUGGUAGAGUGAGACUGAAAUAUCUCCAAACAGA